AUAAUUCAAUUCUGGUCAUUAAAAAGGGACCGUUCACUUAUUUGGGUAGUUUCCUGGAAGCUAUUCAAUGGUAUUAGUCGUAAUUUUCAAAGAUAUCUAUAGCCAGAGAAAUAGCCAAUUUAUCGCUUAGAAUUUUUUGAUUUUAGAUUUAGCAAGAAACUUACGUAUUUUGUGAAAAACAUGAUUUAACACGUUUAUACAAAGACAGCCUUCAGUCGGUGUUUUCAAAAAAUCAGAAAUGGUUAAAACCUUUUUUUAAUUAAGCUCCAGGGCUAAAAUCUUUAUAUCUGAAAAGCCUUGAAAAAUGAAUGUAGUGACAUGAUGCUGCCAUAUGUAAAUAUUUGUCCCAAGUAGAAAAAUAUAUUUUUUGAGCAUCUUUCCGGCGUACUUUUUGAAUUAUUUUAAACCCUCCCUUGCAACCUAACCAUUGAAAAUAGGGGUCUAAUUUCUUGAAAUCGAAAAACGUAUGAUGGAGGGGUCAAAUUGCGGUAAAAGGUGACAGCUAGAGCUGAACGUGUUCCUACUUUUUUCAAAUCGUUAAUUCCGUCCUGAGAGUUUGGAGGACUGUUUAGAGCCAGAAAUAGAGAGGAAUUAUGUCAUUUCUGUCUACGAGGCCAAUGAAGAAAGAAUAUGGUUCUCUUUUCUGGCUUCAACGGAAUUGUAGCUGGAUUGCCUGUACUGCUUGGUAUUAUCAACACUGGAAUAUGCAGUUCUCUCCUGUACAACUUGUACAUUAGAUCAAGUUGUUGGACAGUGCUAAACCUUGGUCUUGUAAUCCUUCUCAUCGACUACAUUCUAGUUCAGAACUUGGCCUUUUACCAGCUGUUCCGAAUUCUUAUUUCGGAAACUGAUGAUUUCAGGAACUGUACAAACUUCUUCAGUCUUGAAAACACUUACGGAAGUUUCCUGGUUGUCCCUAUCUACUUCAGUUUGUUCAUCCGGCUCUUUUUUCUGAAGUAUCCGGAACAGCUAAUUGUUGAAGGAACAGACUUGCUUAAGUUCUGUUAUGUUGUCUUCAGCUUCAUAUUCUGUUUCUGGCUCUCCUCGAUGUGGUUUGUUGAUGCAGAGUACCCCCAGGGAUUCUUUGUCAACCUUCUCUGCACAAAGAAAAUGGAAAACUACGAGAAUCCAGCAUUCACCAGGGGUCGACAAGGAACUGUUGCAUUUCUGUCUCUACUCCUCACUGGCGUUAUCAUCACACAUUAUAGGGUUACCAAGGUUGCCAACAGGGCUAUGAGAGGAAGCAUAAAAAAAGUGGGAAUUCGCUACAAAAGAAAUAUUCUGAGCUAUAGGCAGAGUGUGGGAUACGUCAUCAAUUUGUUUGCGCUGAGGUUGUUUUUUUUUACAGAAUAAUCAACUCAUGGGAUUCAAACAUUGAUGGGUAUUUUCUAAAAUGUGUUUUCCCAAAUGACGUCACUGAUAAAAAGGCAGUGAUGCUUAUGGAAUAUGGAGACGGUGCCGGUCUGAUGUUGUACCCGUAUACCGUCUCCCUAGUCCCUUUACAUACAUACUACCCCAUCAUCAGUGACGUCAUAUACGGAUUUAUUUUAACAGUCUAUUGCUUUGGAGACGACAUUUCCC